UAUUCUUUCCUUUUCUUUCUCCUCUGGUGAGAAGGAUAACAAAUUAACAAAACCAAACAAGUCAAAGCGACCCCUUCCUUCCCUCUUCUCUUCUCUUCUCUUCUCUUGUUUUCUAAUCUAAUGCCCAAAACGAAGACACCCGCUUCUUCUUCUUCUUGAUUCUUUUUUCUCUUACGAGGGAAUUAGAUAAGAGAUUUUGAGAAGAAGAUUAAAGGGGAAGAAAACCUAGUUAGUUCAAGAGAGAGAGAUAGAGAAGAAGCUAUUCAUGGAUUCCACGGCAACACCCACGACAACAGUUGUCAAUGAUAAAGAGUCAAUGGUGGAUCCCUUUUUGGUUGAGGCUCUUCAGAACCCUCGUCAUCGACUCACCAUUCUGCGGAUGGAACUUGAUAUCCAGAGAUUUUUGCAAAAUCCUGAUCAGCAGCAUUUCGAGUUCCAGCAUUUUCCUACUUCUUAUCUUCGACUAGCUGCACACCGUGUUUCUCAACACUAUGGGCUGGUAACUAUGGUCCAGGAGAAUGGCUUAGAUGGGUUGGGUAGUAGAAUUGUGGUGAGGAAAACAGCAGAAAGCAAAUAUCCAGCUGUUCGAUUAUCUGAAAUUCCUGCUAAACAGUCUGAAGAAAGUGGUAAGCUUGAUCAGAUUAAAAUUGUCAUUAGGCCUAGGCCCAAUAGAGGAUCCAUUAAUGAAGCUAAUGAAUUUGGGGUCAAACGAAGUACUGUCAGAAGUGUUGAAGAGAGGAAGGAGGAGUAUGACAGGGCACGUGCCCGCAUAUUUAGUAAUCCUGGCAGUCCUGACUCAGAGGAUACUUUGUCUCAGGUCCCUAAUGAUGGGAGAGGUAUAAGCUUGAGCAGAGAUGAGAAUGAAAGUAGCAGGAAUUCUGUUAUUGAUACAGAAAAGAUUGUUAACAUCAGAGAUGGUAAUUCUUCUCGAGUUGCUAUUUUCAGAGAUAGGGAGAAGGAUCGUACUGAUCCUGAUUAUGAUCGGAGUUAUGAUAGGUAUGUUAGGAGCCUUCCAACUAAUCAGGGCUUUGGCUUGGCGCCCUUCAAUAUGCAGAAAGUUCAACUUCCAUUCGUACAGUAUGACACUGGUUUUCCCCAAGUGGGUCAGAUCCCUAGGACUCAAGCUUCCCUCAACCAUAGGGCUCCAGCAAACCCUAUUAUGAGCCCCUAUUGUGCGCCUGGACAACAUACGUCUAUGGAAGCUGCAUAUGUACAAUGGCCCAGUGCUGCAAUGAUGUAUGCAAAUUCAUAUGAACAGUUUAGACAUGCUGUUUUUCAGGCUCCAUUCUGUCAGCAACCUCUGAGCUUUGAUUACACCCAAAACCAUUGACAGUUAGGUCAGGGAUGAAUGUAUCACAGAUUCAUAUGCAGAUUUCUCUAUACCUUUUAGGACUUGCUGUUUGUAGUUUCAUUUUCCAAAGACAUUACCCUUAUAGACCUUUGUUUCCAGUUUCUCUAGUAAUUCCUUCUCUGUUUCUGUGGAUUUUAAUAUUAGCAAGGACUGUAAACUAGUCAUUUUCCAACCUUCCUUUUCUUUUCUAGUGCUUCCCUUACAAAACUUA